AUGGCGGCCAUCCUCAUGACGCUCAGGACGGUGAUGAAGAUGGUUGGCCUGGUGUGUUUUUUUUUUUUCCGGCGCCCUCUCGGCGCGCCCGCUCUUCUGGUCCGUUUGGGCGGUGGCGCUGGACUGGGCGCGAGGGGGCGGCCCCCCGCGGAGAGGCUGCACCAGGGUGCCGAGCAGCCGCGUAUCCCUGCGCAGCUUCCCGCGGAGCGGAGGAUCCCCUCAGCCCUGCCUGCGGCCCCGCAAUUCCAUGAGUCCUCACAGGAUCGUGAUGCCCCCGUCUUCAAACGGUCGCGGUUGCUGCUCCCGCCGGUUGUCUUCAUGUGCAGUUGCGCGGUGCGGAUUUCCGCAGCGAUUCGGGAGGCAUCUGCCGUGGAGUACACGUCGAAACUCAUGUAG